CGGGAAUCGCGUAAGCCGCCUUGCAAAUUAGUUUCGCUGGAGCGCUACGGGCGAAAAGUUCAUUAGCAAUAAUAAUUAGAGAACGAUUAAUACCAUUUAAUUAUUGAUAUUUCUUUAAUUUAAGUAAUUUCAAGUUGUUAAUUUGUUAUUUAUCAGUUUUGUUAUCGAGUACCUACUAAAUUGUAGAUUCACAAUGUCUGCCACCGCACCUGCUAUAUCCUGCGACGCUUGUCAUGAAGUAAUACACGGAAAGAUUGUUAGUGCACUUGGCAAGACUUGGCACCCGGAACACUUCAAAUGUGAUAAGUGCGAUAAACCAAUUCAAGGCGACACCUUCAACCACCAUGAAAAUAAACCAUGGUGCCAAAGCUGUUAUACAAAACAUAUGUUGAAAUCCUGCCACGGAUGUGGUAAACCUAUCACAGAGAAAGUGAUCGUCGCAGCAGGCCACCAUUGGCACGAGGAACAUUUCGUUUGCGCCGCCUGCAAGAAACCCCUUAGCGGCCAAUCUUUCUUCCAAAAGGACGGAGGAAAUUACUGCGCCAAAGAUUACCAGGAUAAAUUUGGGAGCAACUGCAGCGGCUGCAAGAAACCCAUUGUUGAUAGUGCCAUCGUGGCCUUGGAAGGAAAAUGGCAUCAGGCUUGCUUCACUUGCUUGAACUGCAAGAAUCCAGUAACCGAGUCAACAUUCCACGUUCGCGAAAAUCGUCCAUUGUGCACGAACUGUGCAAAGUAAAUUAGAAGUCUUCUCAACAAACCAAAUAACACCGAAUCACAAAAUAUGAAAAAAUUUAUAAAAAUGAAACUAACAAAUUGAUAAACAGUUUCCGUUUUUCUUUAUCUCGUUACAAAAAUGAAAAUAGUUGAAUAUAGUUUUGUAUAGUAUUUUUAACACUUUCUAUUAUGGUCUUAUUGCAAAUGUAUUUAAAAUUUUGAUCAAAAUUUAAUUUAUAUAUAUUUUAUGACAGUGUGAUGUAAAUAUACUUUUUAUAUAAAAACAGAGACGAUAUUUUAUAUUUUACUCUAACAAUAAAUCUUAGAAAAAUUAUCUUAGUACCACUACAAUCAAAAAUUAUAUUUUGCUUAUGCAUUUCAAUUAUUAUACCCAUAU